AUGGCGUCGGAUGAGAUUAUUUGGCAAAUUAUCAAUCAGCAAUUUUGCUCUUUCAAAUUAAAAACCGAAAAGAACCAAAACUUCUGCCGCAAUGAAUACAACGUCACCGGUCUCUGCAACCGACAAUCAUGCCCGCUCGCCAACUCGCGCUACGCCACGGUGCGGCAGCACCCAACCAAGCAGACCCUCUACCUGUACAUGAAGACAGUCGAGCGAGCGCACCUCCCGUCCAAGAUGUGGGAAAAGAUCAAGCUAUCAAACAACUACACCAAGGCGCUGGAGCAGAUUGACGAGCGCCUCAUCUACUGGCCCAAGUUCCUCAUCCACAAGUGCAAGCAACGUCUCACGCGGCUGACGCAGGUGCAAAUCCGGAUGAGGCGAAUCGCCGCCGAAGAGGAGCGUCUAGGCGAGAAACUGGUGCCCAAGCUAGCGCCCAAGAUCAAGCACCGCGAGGAGGCGAGAGAGCGGAAGGCCGAGGCGGCGGCGAAGCUGGAGCGCACGAUUGAGAGGGAACUGGUGGAGCGUUUGCGACAGGGUGCGUAUGGCGAUCAGCCACUGAAUGUUAGCGAGGAUAUUUGGAAGAAGGUGCUUAAUGCUAUGGAGAGGGAGGGCCAGGGCGAGAGAGACGAGGACCUGGACGAGGGUGUUGACUCGGAGGAUGAGUUGGAGGAGGUGGAUAGCGAGGCGGAGGAUGGGGAGAAGGAGGUGCAGUAUGUGUCGGACAUUGAUGAGAGCGAGGCGGAGCUGGAUGAGUUGGAGGACUGGUUGGAGAGCGAGGACGAGGAUGAGGAAGAUGAAGAGGAUGAUAGUGAGGAUGAAAAGGUUGGGGCUAAGCGCAAGCGUGGUCGGGUCGUCAAGAUGAACAACAAGAAGGCGAAGCAGGAGAAGGAGAAGUUGACGCUCACGAAUGAUUUGUCGUGGUAG